CCUAAAGAUUGUCUUGAGAAAAAAUAAUCUUUUCAAAAUAUAUCAUCAUGUCUGAUACUAUUAUGAGUGUUCAGGAAUUAAUAGAUACCGCAUUUCCGGAUGAAUUAACAAAUAGCACAAUCAACUUACGAUUGUUGAAAACAGUAAUAAUAAUAAUUGCCAACCAAUUAAGAGUUUUAAACCGACAUGUGCAAGUUUCCGUUGACCGCGGUGAAAAGCGCUCCAAAACAAGUUUGCGUCCAAGCCAAACUAUUUCAGAAAUUAAAAUACAAGUAGACAGUAAAAACAAGCCAACCAGAGUUAGCAAAGAAGGGGGCAAAAGAAAGGCGGAGGAUAAAACAGACCAACAUUUAAACAAGAAGGAGGGACGAACUUCAAAAGAUGAAAGAAAAGUAAACAAAAAAGAUAAAUCUAAAGAUGAAGAGAACGAAAAGGAAGAAAAAGGUACAAACAACGCACCAGAAACUAACCAAAAUGAAAGAAUUAUUAAUAAAAAGAAAGUAAAAAAAGAUCACCAGAAAGAACGAGGGGUAAAAAUACAAGACAUAGAUGAUGAUGUAUCCAACCCGGUAUUACAAGAGGCCGCUUCAAUACGCGAAACCAACGUAGAUGACUUGGAAGAACUGCGUGAGCGAGAAAUCAGAGUCAUAACUCAGCGAGCUAAUUCUCACGAAGAUCCUGCAUUAUCGCCGUCUCCAAUGGCUUCAGUGCAUUCAUUCGGCAAGGAAAAUUUGCUAAUAGUUUCACCACAAGGUCGCAUUCCCCGCAUAAGUGUGGUUACUAAAGAACAGUUCGAUGAACUAGCUCAUGCUGUUCAUGAGCUUGAAGCGCGAUUUGAUCCGACGAUAGGCAUUCCCAAUUUUCCCGAAAAUGCAGAAUUUUUGAAAGCUCUUCGAUCCGGCGCUUCUCUAACGGAUACAAUGGCGGCUUUUCAAAUGUCAGCAAGACUCCAAGCCUUCGAAAAAGCCUUGGAGAUUAUGACAUGCUUACUCACUGAACUGGCUAAGAAGACUCCUGGAGUUAAUGUGUCACCUUUUCAUGAAUUGGAAACAAACUUUGCGCGUGGAGGUGUUCUAAAGGAUAUAAAUUUACCACGUAGAGACGAACCUGUUAAAGCUGAUUGGAUUUCCCGACAUGAAUUUAACAACGCCAUGCAUGAGUUAUACGAUGAAGUUAUGCAAGUCGUAAAAAAAGGUUUCAAACCUACUGGUACUGAUACUAAAAAUACAGAGUUAUUGUUAGCACAACUUGAACGAAAAAUAGAAUCUGUAAAUUACCGAGAACGUAUUGAAAAUUUAGAAGCAGAAAUAACAGAAUACGCUGAAAAGUUUAUAAAUCUAGACUUCAGUCUGUCAUCUCAGAUUGGCAGCUAUCAAGAACAGCUUACUCAGAUGCAGUAUCAAUUAGAAACAGGAAUAGAAAAUAUGGUGGACAAAGUGGCUCAAAUACGCACUGCUCCGGAAGCCCUAAAGGAAUUAAAUAUACGACUAGAUUCCUUGCAGCAAGAUUUAGAAAAUACAACUGCUGAACUGAAGGAUCUGAAAGCCUUUCAGAAUAAUAUGACUCUAGACUUGGCGAGAAUAUGGAAAGAAAUCGAGUUAAUACGUGAUGCCAAGGCUGACCGAGAAGAGAUUGCUGAUGUACUCCGCGACAAAGCGGGCAUCGAAAACCUAAAUGGGAUGGUUUCAGUAGGAGAGUUUAAUGCGGUUUGUGCUGAUCUAGAAACAAAGAUUAAUGCUUCAUACAACAAAUUCAAUAAUCAAGAACAUGUUUGGCAGAUAGCAAUAGAUGACCUUAACAAAUCAAUAAAUGACAAGGGUGAUUGGAAAGACCUCUGUACACUUCGUGAGGACAUAAAUAGCCACCUUAAUAACCUUCACGACAAGGUACAGAUGCUGAUAGAGGUGGUCGGUGAACCUCGAGCUGCCGCCAUUAGGAAGGAACUCUUCAGUAAUACUGACUGCGCUUGCUGCGGUACUCCUGCAAGGAUGAAUGUAGAAGUCCCUGUCCAGAGGCUGCCUAAUUUUAAGAAGACAAGAGCAUCGGCGGAUGGUGCCGAAACUCCUAAUGUGCCAAAAGAAGAUGGUGACCAUGCUGGGUUAUGUAUUCCUGGACUCCCUGCAUCGCAUCCUAAGGAUUCAAGAAGCCAUAUAUGUCAGCGAUUCUGCGGUGGCUCCCAUACUCUUAUACCUCCCGUAUCUCGGAUUCCUCCGGGAGUAACCAUCACUCAAUAUUCACGAGAAACUACGACCACUAUCGGCAGUGACGGAAAGGCAUAUAAGACUGACGAGUACAUAGAACUUAAACCCUGCGAACGAUGUAACGUUCCACAAGAAACUCCGGAGCUGAAUAAAGCUGCGGAAGAGAAGGUCACAAGACCUAGUACCGAGAGAAAUACUUCAUCGUUCGCUAUAAUGGAAGAAAUGUCUUGGCUAGCGGCGCACAAACAGCAGGAGCGAACUGAAAGCCGAGCUUUGCCUUCAUUUGACAAUUAUAAUCUUUAAACAUUUGUUUGUUUGUAUUGAUAUUAUUGUAUUAUAUU